CGGCGUGUGAGCGGGUUACUAAGAUUGACGGUUGGUUUCAGUUUGAGUUGACCGGAGCCCGUGACGAUGGCGAGCUCGAACUUUCAACUGAGAGUUCCAGAAAUAUUGUUCACAACUCAGUUGCAAGCCAAAGUGCGAACCUUUGAUGGUGUCAUCUUAGUAACAAACACUAUUGACAAGCUUUCUGGAGAUCUACAAGGCUUGAAGUAUCCACUCGACUGCUACAAAUCUAUUGAUGCUUCAGUGGAGCAGGAAGUGGUACUGGUUCAUGCUCCUGAUUUUCCAGGAGCUAGAGUGAUCUUUGCACCAACUGGGCCCCUCAACAGGGAUUACGAUGAUGUGCGGCGAUUCAGUGAUGCAGCUGCCAUUGGCAUCAAGCGUGCUUUGAAGGCUGGCAUGGUGAAGCCCAUCUUGGUUUGCCCUCCUGAAGAGUUUUUUCAAGAAGCUCCCUUAGUUACUCUGCUUGGAGCUCUGCAUGCUUUGUAUGUGCCAUUGGAGAUUCGUGAGCGAUACCCAGAAAAGGCCACUAAAGUGGACUAUCUGGGUGUAUGGGCCUCAAGUGUGGAGGAAGGAAAGAAACUUGUAUUGCUGUCAUCGGCAGUAGAGAGAGGCAGAACUGUAUGCAGAGAUAUUGGUGGAUCUGACCCAGAGCGAAUGGCAGCUCCAAAAGUGGCUGACUAUGUUCAGAGUAUUUUUAGUAAUUCUGUUGUCUCUGUUUCAGUGAUCAGUGAUUUAACAACACUAGAAGAAGAGUACCCAUGCUUGGCAGCAGUCAAUCGCUGUGCCAAAGAUGUAGAACGUCAUCAGGCACGGGUUAUUGAGCUGCAAUAUACAGGAGAGGGUGCCAAUGAAAAAACACUCAUGCUUGUUGGCAAGGGAGUAACUUAUGAUACUGGUGGUGCUGACAUUAAAGCUGGUGGUAUAAUGGCAGGAAUGCACAGAGACAAAUGUGGAGCUGCUGCUGUUGCAGGCUUCUUUGAGGUGCUGUCCAUACUGAAACCCAAAGGAAUAAAAGUAAUUGGUGCAAUGGCAAUGGUUAGGAACAGUGUUGGUUCAGAUUGUUAUGUAGCAGAUGAGCUUAUCACAUCUCGUGCUCAGAGAAGAAUUCGGGUUGGAAAUACAGAUGCAGAGGGUCGGAUGGCCAUGGUGGACUUGUUGUGUUCCAUGAAGGAAAAGGCCAUCGAAGACUAUGUUCCUAACCACUUUGAACUGUUCACUAUUGCCACACUGACUGGCCAUGCUAUUCGAGCUGUUGGUUUCAACUACUCAAUUAUAAUGGAUAAUGGUCCUGCCCAAUGGUCAAAGACUGCUCAAGAACUUCAAGUAGCUGCUCAUGAAGUGGCUGAUCCUUUUGAAAUCUCUACCAUUCGGCGUGAAGACUAUGAUUUUCACAAAGGCAAGUCAGAAUACGAAGAGAUUCUGCAGUGCAACAACCAGCCAUCCAGUGCCACACCCCGUGGACAUCAGUCACCUGCAGCUUUCCUCAUCAUGGCUUCCGGCCUAGAUAAGCAUGGAAUAGAUUCUGAAAAACCUCUUCGCUACUCUCAUAUUGACAUAGCUGGAUCUUCUGGCCCAUUUCCUGGGAUACCGACUGGAUCACCGGUGGCUGCCCUGACAGCAAAAUAUGUGCUAAAUCGCAUUUGAACAGCUGAUUUUAAGAAUAUAGUCUGCUUCAGCACUUGUGAGAAGGCUUCUGUAAAUCAACGCUUGUAGACAAAGCACUAUUUUUAUAGGAGGUAUAAUGCAAUGAGCUCCCUAUGUUCACCUUGAUUCUGAAGGAAACAUUAAGUUCAAGAUGCAAGAUUAAAUUUGGUGUAGGUCAGUCAACAGCAUUCAUAGAACUGGCUACAGGCCAGCUAAUCAGUACUUCAAACUUUCUCAGGUAGGCUAAUGAAUGUGUUAGUAUAUUUCAAUACAAAAUUCUUUGUGUUUUAUUUGUUUUAUUUUUGAAACCUAAAUACAUACACAGACUACCAACUGGCAAAUUUCCAAAUUAAGUUGAGCUUUGCUGGAAAUUUUUUUAAAAAAACAAUGAAAUCAUCAAGUGUAAGAAAUAGAUAAUAGAUUUUCAGCGAAUUGGAAUUAUAAUAUUCAAAACUAAAUAAAUGCGACAAAGAUGC